CGGACACCCCGAGGCACCAGAGAGCCGCUCUCCGCCGGUACCUCCCGCUCGGCUUUGGGCUCAGAAAAGCCCCGUGUGCCUCUCAGAACAGCACCUGGAAAAGGGGGGACGUUGGCAUCGCUGGCUUUGCGCGACACCUGCCUGUGAUUUUACACUCUGGUUUCCUGGCACGCUCCGGUCGAGCCUCCGCAAAGAUUUCCCGGCGCUGCGUCCUUCCCCCUCCCCGGGCGGGUGCGGGCACGGGCACAGCCAGUUCGAUGCGGGCUCUGGGAUUUUUUCAGCGCUCUCACGGACUGUACGUGCUCUAAAUGCCUACAAUACAGAGGAAUCCGCCUGCUCCUGAUGGGAUGCAUCUGCAGAGAGGAAGAAUUCCUCAUUUAAGAUGGGUAAUAAGCAAACGAUAUUUACUGAUGAACAGCUAGACGCCUACCAGGACUGCACCUUCUUCACUCGGAAGGAAAUCCUUCGGUUGCACGGCCGCUACUACGAAAUGGCCCCCAACGUUGUGCCCAUGGACUACACAAAGGACCCAGACGUCAAACUACCUAUGCAGCUGAUAAUUAACAUGCCUGAGCUCAAGGAGAAUCCCUUCAAAGAAAGGAUUGUGUCAUCUUUCUCAGAGGAUGGAGAGGGCAGCCUCAGCUUCAACGACUUCGUGGACAUGUUCUCCGUGCUCAGUGAAAUGGCUCCCAGAGAGCUCAAAGCAAUUUACGCCUUUAAAAUCUACGAUUUUAACACAGAUAACUUCAUUUGUAAAGCAGACCUGGAGCAGACCCUGAAUAAGCUGACGAGGGAGGAGCUGACGGCCGAGGAGAUCACCCUGGUGUGUGAGAAGGUGAUAGAAGAGGCUGACAUGGAUGGGGAUGGCAAACUGGGCUUCGCAGAUUUUGAGAACAUGAUUUCCAAAGCACCAGACUUCCUCAGCACUUUCCACAUCAGGAUCUGAAGAUGUUUCUGAGAGCCGGUGGUAUCAGAAAUGACUUGGCCAGUCCAGCCUUCCUGAAUCUCAGGCGCUCCAGGGGCUUUCUGUCCUCUCCUGAGGGCUUCUCAGAACUCAGCAGAAAGUCCUGAAGCAAUUCUGGUCCACAGGGAGACCCAAACAUCACGUGUUCCCCAGGAUCUUUGGAACAGUCACAUUUUUAUCUCCACUGCUGGCCAAGCACUCUGGCAAAGAUGCUGGGGGUUUUGCA